GGCGUGGCUGCUUUAAAUUACCGAAGAAUGGCCUAUUAUCCACAGUUUAUUGUAAGAAACUUGGAAGAUUACUAUCAAUAUAUACCACAGUACGGUCAACGUGUUCCAACCGCAACAUCACCAAGUAAUACAAAUUCAAGCAGCUCAUCAAAUACUGGAUCCCAAAGUGGAACAUUAAGUACUAGUCUAAGUAAUACCAAUACAAAUACAACAAUGGGUCCUAAUAAUGGUACAACACAAAAUCAACAAGGCGAACAAUUGUCAAAAACAAAUUUAUAUAUUAGAGGUUUACAGCAAGGCACAACCGAUAAAGAUUUAGUUACUAUGUGUGCACAAUAUGGAACUAUUAUAUCCACCAAGGCUAUUUUAGAUAAAACAACAAAUAAAUGUAAAGGUUAUGGUUUUGUGGACUUUGAAUGUCCUGCAUAUGCUGAAGGAGCUGUCAAAGGACUACAGGCAAAGGGCGUUCAAGCUCAAAUGGCCAAACAACAAGAACAGGAUCCCACAAAUUUGUAUAUUGCUAAUUUGCCAGCAAAUUUCAAAGAGACCGAUCUGGAAGGCAUGUUAUCCAAAUAUGGACAAGUUGUAUCCACUAGAAUUUUACGUGAUGCUCAAAUGAAUUCAAAGGGUGUUGGUUUUGCUCGUAUGGAAAGUCGUGAGAAGUGUGAACAUAUUAUUGCCAUGUUCAAUGGCACAACUAUACCGGGUGCCAAAGAUGCUUUAUUAGUUAAAUUUGCUGAUGGCGGUCCAAAAAAGAAGAAUCUCUUUAAGGCUCCCGAUCAGGGUGCCAGAACGUGGCGUGAUGUCUCGGCCGAGGGUAUUCCCGUAACUUACGAUCCCACGGCCAUGCAACAGAAUGGUGUUAGUGUUAAUGUUGGCACUCCGAUUGGUGUGCCAUAUUCACGUUUCGGUGCUCCUCAGGUGGGCGGUUAUCCAAUGGCUGGUUCACAAUGGAUUCCUGGUUAUAUGAUGACACAACCGAUCACUCAGGUAGAUGAUCAGUAUAUGCAAAUGGCUGCUGCACCACAGUUGAGUGUUGCUUCCUAUAAACCAGAUGCUGUCAAUCAGGUGCAACCACGCGGUAUAUCAAUGAUGGUUAGCGGCGAAACAGGUGUACCAUACGGUACAAUGAUGCCACAAUUGGCAACAUUGCAAAUUGGCAAUUCGAAUUUCUCUCCAUCAUUACAGUAUAUUAGUCCAACUUAUCCAUAUUAUGCACCACCUACAAUUAUACCAACAAUGCCAAUGACAGAUUCUGAGCAGGCUAGCACAGCUGCAUCACCCGAUGAGGCAUAUACGCAGUAUCCACAUCCAGCCGCUCCCAAAUAGGUUUUCGCGAGAUGUAAUUUAUUAAUACCGCAACACAUGGCACUUUAAAAUGGGGGCUGAUUUUGACUGGUUUAACAAUGGCAGACAUAACAACAACAACAACAACAACAACAAAAUAAGAAAUGAGAAAAACAACAACAACAACAAAAUUAUAUUAUUUAAAAUAAACAAAAAACCAACAACAUUUUACUUUACAAAAAAAAACUUUACAACAACAAAAACAAAUCUUUUAUAUACAAACAAAUAUAUAUAAUUGAAGAAAUACAACAAUACAGAGAAGCAACAACUUAAAAAACAACAACAACAAAAUAUUUAAAAGAAAAAUAAAUGGAUAAAAAAAUUCAAAACAGUAAAGGAAAGACUAAAAAAACAACAACAAACAAAAUAUUAU